CAAUAUUUGUAAUUUUGCUGGAUUAAUUAAAAUGUUUACAUGUUUUUGUUUGUAUAAUUCAAAUUAUUAGUGUAGAUUAUUGUUAUUCAGCCAUCAAUAUGUAAUAUCUAGUGAUUCAGUUCAUAUUUUACUAAGUAUUUAAUCAUUUACGAGUCUAGUAUUCACAAAUAACAAGGCUCUUCACAAGUGAUGCAGGAGUUACUAUAGUUAUUGUUUACAUUUACAUUACUGAUAAUUGAUGUGAUUGAUAUAAAAUUAUUUGAAAACUAUAAUGUCCAACGUCGAAGAUUUUAAUUGGCGCGAGUAUAUUGAAUAUGCUCGACAGCUUUCGACAGUCCAAUGCCGUUAUACUAAAGCUUUAGACUUGUAUCUUAUGGCUUUUGAAAAACAUCCAGAUGCAAAAUACAACUACGAAGAUGAAUUUCGUGUUCUCUUGAGUAAACUCAACGAAAUGUUGGCUUCUGCAAAUAAAACUGAUGAAAUAUUUAACAAUUUUUCUCGUGCGAAUGUCAUCUUCCCUGGAAACAUGUAUCUGAUGAAUGACCUAGGUAAAUACCUUUUUAAAUUUGGCUUCUAUUUGGAGGCUUGGAGUCAGUUUCAAAAGGCUUUAAUGGUUGAUGGCGCCUUUGUAAAUGCAGAAAAGAAUUUGAACUCUGUGAAAAACUGCCUAGUUGAAAGAUGGCAUUUUAGAAUGCUAAAUGACGACAUCAGAAAUGAUGCCUACCAUAGUAGUAUUAAGGAAAUUGUUAAAUCUGACGAUAUUGUUUUUGAUUUAGGCUCAGGAACUGGAUUACUCUCUUUAUAUGUUAGUGAAUGUAAACCCAAGUUCAUCACAGCUUGUGAUAGUUCAGAAGUAAUGGCUAACAUAUCUAAUCUUGUGCUUAGUGAUGCCGUAGACAAGGAUAAUAAAUAUUUAGUUAUAAAUAAAAAAUCAACUGAGUUGACUGAAAAUGUUAACAACAAAAAGCACACUAUAUUAGUAACAGAGUUGUUUGAUGCUGGUCUAUUUGGUGAACAUGUUUUGCCUGCCCUUUCACAUGCCUGGAAAAACUUUCUUCAUGUAGAUGCGAGAAUUAUUCCCUCAAUAGCUAAAUUUUACAUAAUAGGUGCACAAUGUAAAGAACUGAUGUCUAAAUAUCAAGUUUGUUCUUCUGUAAAAAAAAUUCUAAAUAUAUCUCCAUGGAAUAUUCAUGUUCUACAGAAUGAAGAUACAUAUGAUUGUGAGGAUAUAUACAUGUUUAAAAAUUUAAAAUAUAUGACAAAUUCUGAAUGUGUGCUGUCAGUAGAUUUUAACAAUGUAAAUAGUAUUGAUGAUAUCUUAGAAAACUCAGAACCAAUUAAUGUUGAGCUCACUCCCAGAGAGAGUGGAGAAGUUAAUUGUUAUAUUGGCUGGUUUAAUUUAAUAUUAUCAGGUGCACACACUCUAACAACAGAUCCUAGAUCAAGUGAUAGAGCUACUGCUUGGCAGCAGGCAAUCUUCUAUGACUUUUUACCAAAACAUGUUCAUAAAGGUGGUAAAUUUAAUUGUGAAUUUUCCUUUGGUAGUGGAAAAUUAUCACUGAUCCCAGAUUUAUCUGUAACAAGAAUAUCACCAGAGGCCAUAAGAUUUUUGAAUGACACUGAGUUAAUGAACAAUAUAAUGAACUGUUUGGGUCUAGUUUGUGUCUAUUUAGGACAAAUUAUGGAAAUAUCCACAAUGAGCAUCAUUGAUUUGUCUCCAUUUCCAAUGUUUGGGUUCCAAAUGUUGAAAAGAGGAGCCAAAUCUCUUGUUUGCUGGGCAAGAACUGAGUUGGAUCAACAAUUUAUAGAGGAGGUUUUCAAAAUAAAUAAAAUUGACUUAUCAAAAGUUACAUAUUUAAUUGGAGAUGACUGGGGUAAACAUAGUUUUGGUAAGAAAAAAUACCAUGCCAUUUUUUGCAUAAUGUUGGAACCAGGGGGUGAUAUUGACGAGUGGUUUUGGGAAAUAUGUCAGUAUUUAAAGCAAUCACACCUCUCAUCAGAAGGACUUUUUUUGCCACACAAAGUAUCUGUCAUAGCUCAGAUAGCACAAUGUAACUGGUUAAAUAUAACAAAUAGAGUUUAUGACGAAAAUGUGGGUUAUCCCCAAAUAUCUGAACACAUUAACAAAUUUCAAGUAUCACAGAACUUUGGCAUAGAUUAUUCACUCUUAGAUUACACAGCACUAACAAUGCCAGUGGAAUUGGGGGAUGUUUCAAAUAUGGUGGCAAAUGUUUUAAGUGUUCCAGUUGUAGAGAAUGGCGAUGCAAACUGCAUUCUAUGUUGGUAUAAUAUUGAGCUGUUGGAAGGCCUGGGAGAGAUGUCUACAAAAAGACCCUGUUGCUUCAUUGAUGGAACAGCUUUCUUAGCAAAUCCAUCAAUAUCAAUGAGGAAAGGUGAUGUUGCUAACAUUUUACACUGUGCAGAUCCUGAUGGUUCAUUAAAAAUGAUGAUUGAUCUUGAAGCUAUAGCAUAAAUUGUGUAUUUAUUUUUAAGAAAAUUUUGUUUUGUUCAUUGUAUUAUUGGUUCAGAAUUGCUUGACUAUAAUACGAUAGAUAAUCUGAUUGUAUAAAAUGUCAAUUGAAGAAUAAAAUAUGAUAUUAUU